AUGGAAGGCUCCGCCUGGAUCGCUUUCGUCGUCUCACCAUCUAAGCAGUUUUUCAACCAGUUCAUUGAGAAAAACCCACCCCGAGCACACUUUUUCAACUAUGUUUCUCGUCAUGGCAAUACAGUGGUGCCUCUUCACUAUACCUCGUCAACAUCAGCCACACGGAAUGCUAGCAGCUCUGCCUCUAUUGCAUCUCCAUCGUCAACCACACGGGAUGCUAGUAGCUCAUCAGCAGCUACACAAUAUGCUAGCACCUCUAGCUCCAUUGCACUCGCAUCAUCAACCACAACCAGCAGCUCCAGCUCCAGCUCCAUCGCUGUGCCGUUCCUCCCCACUACUACUUCAGCGACUUCUCAAUAUUAUUUGAGUUCUUCUACGCAGACCACUAGUUCAUCUGCAGCUGCUGCAAUCAUCACGGCAACCUCUAUCGCAGUGGCUGCCAUUCCCAUUCCCACCUCGGACUCCGCCAAAGCCACCGUCACCAAUCCAUCAAAUCCUGCAGAGAGUGUGACUUUCGUUAAGGAGCAAGUUUCCAAUGAUAUCCUUGCUGGAUUGCCAAUUAUUCCUGCUACAGGUCUGGCUGCUAUCGUAAUGGUUGGCAGUGUUGCCACACCCAUCAUGAUUGAUGCUGCUGGCAUGAUGGUUAUACCUCUUGGCUCCGUGCCUUCGUGGUUGACUCCCGGAAUGUACCCGGCAUCUGAUAAUAUCCAGGAUUUAGUGGAUGCUACCACAUUCUCCUCCUCUUCCUCUUCCUCCUCAAGUACGACGAGGUCCACGGUGGUAGAGACCAUUUCCCUUUCCACUCUUUCCAUUACGGCUACAUCAGAUGUCGCUGAAUUUACAGCUAUCCAAAACUUCCCGCUAACUACCGGCUCCGGUCCAGCAUGGAGUAGCACUCCGUCAGCGCAUGCCUCCAGUUAUAUUACUUCAAGCCAGCCAGUGAGGUCUUCUAGCUCUGUUGCUUCAGGCCAGACUGAUUCUUUGAGUCAACCCGUUGCUUCAAGCCAGCCAGUACAACCUUCUAGCUCUGUUACUCCAAGUCAAACCGCCACUUCGAGUCAAACAGUGCGGCCUUCUAGCUCUGUUGCUUCAAGUCAAACCAUCGCUUCAGGCCAGCCAGCGCGAUCUUCCAGCUCUCUCUUUUCAAGCAGCACCCAGUCAUCGUCUGUGCAGCUGCCGUCAUCAACUUCUGAAAUACAGUCCACUACUCUCCUCACCACAAGCUCAGCAACCACCACAAGCUCAGCAGCUCCUACGCCUGAGAUAUCCAUUAACACGGUGGCCCCUAGAGGGAAUGGAACUACUAUUAACAAUGAUGUCGGCUGUAUCUCUGUGAAUGGACAGGUCCUAUGCCACGGCUGGACUCAGACCGCCAUACGCUCCGAUUCAGAUACCACUACAGUGAAGAUAUAUGCCCAAAUUGAUGGCAGCAGUUCCACCCACGAGAAUAUCCAACCUGGUUACAAUAUCAUCGACAAUCAAUGUUGCAGUCAGUCAACAACCGAGACUGUCCCGAACCCAUACGCGCCCAUCUGCAAGAGACAGUACAAAGGUGUAGCGGAUUGGUUUGAUAUCUGGAGCGAUGGCUGGAUCACUGACGAUGGAUCCACCCUUCACGAGGCCCUCAAGAGUUGUGGUAUCGUCACUAUGUGGAAUCCCACCCCGAUUCGUGAUACGGACAACUACAUGAUACAGUUUGCUCUACCAUUACAGGCGGUGAUCUAUGCCAUGUCAGGCUUUCUUAUUCUCUAG